GCAAAGGGAGCCAGCUGCCAAAGGGCUUCCUCCCUUUUUCUGCCCUAAGCCUUGGGGCAGGCGAGGUGGAUUACAAUGACUGCCACAACGCUGGCCAGCUGCAUGCAGAAGCUUUCCAACACCAAAGAAGAAAGGAAGUUAAGAAAACCUUUGAUUGAAAGAAAACGAAGGGAGAGGAUUAACAAUUGCUUGGACCAGCUGAAAGAAACAGUUGUUGGGGCCUUUCAGCUUGACCAAUCUAAACUUGAAAAAGCAGAUAUCCUUGAAAUGACGGUAAAGCAUCUCCAGAAUAUCCAAAAUAGCAAAGUUGUGGGUACAGAUGAGGAAACAAGACUGAGAGACCCUUUUACAGAUUCUAAAAUGGGCCUGGAAGCUCAGCAGAGAUACAGCACUGGAUAUAUUCAGUGUAUGCAUGAAGUCCACAAUCUCCUCCUGACCUGUGAAUGGAUGGACAAGACCCUUGGAGCACGGUUACUGAACCAUCUGCUGAAAUCCUUGCCCAGAUCUAGUGAGGAAACUUGCAAGGCAGACUUAAGUUCUACCACCCCUGGGAAUAGCAAGGAGAAUAUAACAGGAUCCAACCAAUCUCAGGAUCAGUUCCACCCUGCUGAAGACAAACAGGGGUUGAAAAAGCCAUUUCAGCCACAAACACCCUCAUGUGGUAGUUGGCUUGAGUUGUCACCUCCCAGUCAGAUCCUGCAAUCUCAUUUUGCACAUAAUGGCAUUAGCAUGGGGUCAUUAGACAUGUGGAGACCGUGGUAAAAAAAUUGUCUUGGAAAAACCUUAUUUCUAAUCUUAGACCUUCUUUUAUAUGUAUCUUAUAGAUAUGCCUCUUUAAAACACUUUUUGGAGCAAAUCUGCUCCUGUAGGUGUACUAAAGACCAGGGUACUUCAAGCCGAAGUAAACCUCUAUGUAGCCUGCAUUGUAGAAGGCUGCUAUUAUAUUGUAUUUAUUUAAUGCAUCUAAAUUAUUUUAUAGAAUCUUCUC